AUGCAAAUCAACAAAUCUACUAGCAGAGGGGAGUCAUCUCAUUCUCAAGCAAUCAAGGAGUUGUGGAAGACCAAAUGGAGUUUACAAAUUCCCCAUAGGGUUCGAAUUUUUGCUUGGCGAGUGUGCUUGAACAUUCUGCCGACUGCCUCUAAUCUGAUCAGGAAGCAGAUAAAGGUUUCAAUUGGCUGUGGAUUCUGCGAUGCAGGGGCAAAGGAUUUGAAUCAUAUCCUUCUACGACGUCCGGCGUUGGUUGAUUAUUGGACAAAGUUUCUCCCUCAACUAUCACAAGUUGAUCGAAACCAAAACUUAUUUGACGUGAUCAUGCAGAUAAAAAGGGUUAGCAGUAAAGAGGAUAUGGGUUUAUUUUUUACAAUAGCUUCGAGUAUCUGGAUGUGCAUAAACAAAAAGCUGUUUGAAGAUGAAAGUUUAAAUAUGAGCUCUACCAUAGAUCAUGCCAUUUUGAUGUUACAUUUAUUCAAAGGAGUCAAAAAUCAAUCAGGUUCUGCGUUGAACAAAUUCUGUGCAUGGAAAACUCCUCCGGCGGGGUUCCUGAAACUAAAUGUAGAUGGUGCGAUAUUUCAUCACCUUCACAAAGCUGGAGUUGGUAGUGUCCUAAGAGACCAAGAAGGAAAAGUGCUUAUGGCUGCCUCUAAAGGAGAAAGGGAAGUGGCUGACCCAGAAACGAUAGAAUUCCUUGCGGUACUUCGAGGGCUCCAGUUUGUUUUAUCCACGGGUAUUUCAUACUUGGUCCUUGAAUCAGAUUGUCUUCUCGUUGUCUCACAACUCAAUGAUGCGGAAUCUAUUACCCUGUCUCCUUGGGGAUCCAUUAUCUCAGACAUCUGA